UUGAAGAAAUUUUUUUUUGCUACAUUUCAGGAUGCAGAAGGUCCAGAAGUGGCGGUGGGUACGAAAUGUGGCGCUGAAGAUGAUCCCAUAACAAAUACAACUGAUAAGCCAUAUCUUGGUGAACCUGGUGAUCCGCCGAGACAAAUGUGGUAUUAUCGGGAACCUUCUCCGCAGGGUACAAUGCGACUGGAAAAUUUGAUGAUAACUUUGACGAGUGGCCUAUUAUGGGGAUGGUUUGUCUAUCAUUUGUAUUAUAACUACGGCGAACUUUUUGUGAGUACUUUGCCUUUUUACUCCCGAUGA